GGAAGUCAACUGCAACGUGUGUCACUUCAGUAACAUUCCGCGGAAGAGAAUUACCGCAGACGGAAAUACCCUAAAUCUUGUUCGACUUGUCAAGCGACCACCCUGUCCGGAAGGCUGCAGUGUUUUAAAGGUUUAGACCUCCAAGGAAAGGCUGUUUCUGCAAGAAUAGUGGCAACAGACAGAAUCUCAGGGACGUCUAUGCGUUUUAAGGGGCAAGUGUGGACAAGUUUCAGCACCUGGGACUCUGAAGGAUCUCGCUGACGACGUGUGUCAGGAUUGAGAGCUUCUUUGAGGACUUCUUGAAGAGUUGUUGAGGGUAACCUGCUGGUCUGCCAAGUUUCACACAGGACACUCUGGACGUUCAGUAUUGUCAAUCCACCACCACUAGAGGGCCCAGUGUGACAACAUACAGGAAGUAUCAUUAUUGCUUCUUUAAAGUAGUUAUACUGUAUUUUUUUUAAGACCAUUUAGCCAAUAAUUGAGUAUUUCUUUCCAUCGGUACGCUACUUUUGGGUUUUGAUAUGAUUUCAUAUAAAUGAAGUCUGAAAGUACUUGGUAGAUAAUAUACAAAUUAAAAGAACUGAUAUAAUAGUAUUGUAGACAGACAGACAGUAUAAUACAGUUUUAAUUGAAUCAUGAGUCAUUCAAUUCUGGGAAAUCAAAAGGAAACAAAUGGAAAAGAAAAUCAUGAUUAAUUAUUAACAACAGGUAUAAGGCCCACCUGAUCAGCUGACGUGAACAAGGAAGUAGUAAAUAAAACCUGUCUGGCCGCUCUUUUGUUUGGAAUACCUCAGACUUGCAAAGUGACACACAGGUAGAGGAGCUGUACAGGAGCUGUUGAGUGUACAGUGCUCGACUUCAGCGGCAGCAAAAAUGUUGCGAAAUCUCUUUCGUAGCCUGGUAAUCCUUGCUUUUAUCAGUGUGGCAUGUUUUAUUGUGGCUCUAUAUUACUCCGAGGGCUACACUUCAUUUUUAUUUGAAAGGCAAUAUCCUAUGGGAAAUGGAAACAACACACUUUCCCGGGUGACAGAGGAACUUGUUCAAAAGAACGCUGAAGCCUCAAACGCCAGCAAAGCACAGACACAAGUGCCACCCACUACGAGCAAGAUUUUGGGGCCCUGCCCUGUCACCCCUCCGAAUCUUGUGGGUGCACUCCAUGUGGAGUUUGAGUCUCAACGGACUAUGGAUUGGGUGAAAAAGGAGGUCGGCGGUCCGCUCAAGGAAGGAGGACGGUACAAGCCACCAGACUGUAUCGCCAAACAGAAGGUGGCGAUCAUCAUCGCAUUCCGAAAUCGACAUGAGCACAUGAAGCAUUGGCUGUACUACCUCCAUCCUAUAUUGAUACGACAGCAGUUGGACUACACAGUGUAUAUCAUCAACCAGGAUGGAGAGGGAAUUUUCAACCGGGCUAAACUGAUGAAUGUAGGCAGCGUGGAAGCACUGAAGGAAUAUGAUUACGAUUGCUUUGUCUUCUCCGACAUAGAUUUGGUUCCUAUGGAUGACCGUAACCUCUAUAGGUGUUUUGACAAUCCUCGACACUUGGCUGUGGGUAUGGACAAAUUCAACUUCCACUUACCCUACAGAGACUUCUUUGGUGGGGUUUCUUCAUUGUCUAAGGACCAGUUCUUGAAGAUCAACGGCUUCCCGAACACUUACUGGGGCUGGGGUGGCGAAGAUGACGAUAUCUUUCGGCGAGUUUACUCCCGUGGAAUGUCCAUUUCUCGACCUGACUCGCUGAUGGGAAAAUACAGGAUGAUCAAACAUAAGAGAGACUUGCACAAUGAGCCUAAUCCAAAGAAUCCCGACAAACUGAGUCAUGCCAGUCAGUCAAUGAAAACAGAUGGGCUUAAUUCCCUCAAAUACACAGUCAAGGAGAUUGUGAGGGAUCUACUGUACACUUUUAUCACAGUGGAUAUUGAGGCUCCGCUAAAGGUUUAGAAAGAAGGCUUCCAGAAGGGUUGUCUUAUGGGGACAAGCCAAAGAACACAUCUAGUUUUCCAGUUACACCUUUAUUUUUUAAGAGUGUAAGCUGAAUGAGGAUGAAACCUGUGGAUCUAGAACUGCUGUUGACUGCCGAUUCACUGGUGUUACAGUCUCAAGACUGAAACUGGCAAUUCUUAAAAUCCCUGUAAAUCUGGUUUGUCAGGAAAUCUUAUCUCUUAUCUGACGUAGGGUUGGUAUGUGUCUUGGUAUAGGGAUAUGCAAACCUGCUUGUGUGUUUGUUUGUGUGUGUGUGUGUGUGUGUCCAAGUGAACUAAAGUGAAUGCAAUGCAUGUUUAUGAAUAUGAAGUAUAGAGAUAGAUUUUUUCUAGUUUUGUUUUCAGUUGCUUUGGCACAAUGAAAGUUGUUACUCUCAAAAUAGGAUGUGAAACAUUCUGCACCUGUACAGUAAUUUCUGAUUGCUUUCACACAUUAUUCAAAUGUAGAAGUACAAGAAUCUUUAAAUGAACCAGUGAUGCGUUAAGCUACUCUUGGUGAGGGAUUCAGACACAACAGCUUUGCAAAUGUUACGUCCAGUUGAUUUGUAUAUACUGUAUGGCCAGACAUGAGUGUUGUCCAAUGAGGUGGUGAAGGGGUUUUAGAUUUUAUGUCUCAUUUACACACAUAUUUUCUAAAUUUCAUGAUUUUGUAUCGAGACUAUGCAAUAACAA